AUGUCUGUCAGGGUCGUCGCAAGGAUACGACCAUUGUUGGAGGGCGAGGCCGAGAGGGAUGUGAUUGUCCGCGCAGACAGCAAGGAUGGCAGCAAGAAGCCGACUGUUGUCAAAAUACCAAAUCCCAAGAACGAGUCCGAGGAUUUCAAUUUCUCCUUCGGUGGUGUCUACGACCAGUCGGCCACGCAGGAGGCCUUGUUUACUGCCGAAGGCAGGUCGACGUCCUCCAAUGCACUCUCCACCACAGUUUCCCCCCACAUGAAAGCCCUUUUUCAAGGCCUCGAUGUCACCAUUUUCGCAUAUGGUGUAACUGGAACAGGCAAAACACACACGAUGCGAGGAGGACUGAAGCUCGCGGAUCGAGGCCUUAUUCCCCGGCUACUGAGCAACGUCUUCCGCCGAGGAAAGAAGACAGCCAAGGACUCCAAUGGUGCCACCGCAGUCGACAUCUUGCUUUCAUACUACGAGAUCUAUAACGACAAAGUGUUUGAUCUCCUUCAGCCUCCAGAAAAGCGCACCCCUUCUGGACUGCCCCUGCGUGAGGCCAAUGGCAAGACGAUUGUGGUUGGCUUGUCAGAACAGCCAUGCGAGGACCUGAAAGACUUUGAGAAGCUGUACAUUGAGGCGAACAACAACCGUAUCACGGCAGCCACUAAGCUCAAUGCCCACAGCAGUCGAAGCCACGCGAUCCUGCGCGUCAAAGUCACUCAGACGACGGGCGACCAAGUCCUGGAGAGUACCGUGUCUAUGAUCGACCUGGCAGGGUCGGAAGACAACCGUCGCACUGAAAACAACCGCGAACGUCUGGUCGAAUCUGCCGCCAUCAACAAAUCCCUCUUCGUUCUCUCACAAUGCGUCGAUGCCAUCUCUCGUGGUGACAAACGCAUUCCCUACCGUGAAUCCAAGAUGACCAGAAUCCUCUCUCUUGGUCAAAAUAAUGGAAUCACUGUCAUGAUCCUGAAUCUCGCUCCAAUCCGGAGUUACCACCUGGAUACCCUCAGCAGCCUGAACGUCAGCUCACGUGCCAAGAGGAUCGAGGUCCGGGAGAUCGAGAAUGAAAUUGUUUUCAAGCAGGCGCCAAGGUCCAUGAACUUGAGCGGGACAGGUAUUCAGCGACAGCCUCUGAGGCCGCUAACCAAUAUGCACAACGUCCACGCGGGUACAGUGGCGAAGGAAAAGGCAGACAAGGAGAAGGGGAGGGAAAAGCCUGCGAGGGCGUUCAGUGUCUUUGUGGAUCGAAAGACUACAGCUGCUCGUCCUAUCGGAGCAACACCGUCUUCCGAACCGAGGAAUCCACUUUCCAGCAAACGCAAAUCUGACGCCGUUGAUGCAUCUGCCCGGCCGUCAAAAAUGGUCCGUCCAGCUGCGGUGACACGACCUCAAGCGAAAUCUGACUCGCAAUCCAUGACCAUGUCAGCCGCGCAAAUUGAAGAGAUGGUUGAGCGUAAAGUGCAGGAGAUUCUAGCUUCCAGGAUCGCAGCAGAGUCUCGGCAACAGGAGGAACAUGUGGCUGCUGCCGUCCAACCGCCUUCAGCUGACAUCAGUGAGGCCGUGCAACGGAGACUCGACGCCCUUGAGCGACGCAUCGAAGAUACACAAGGGGAAGCAGUUGGUGGCAAAUCCGAGGGCAUGCGGCUUCUACUCCAAGCUAGGAAGCUCAAAGAACAGGGCGACGAGGAGGGUACACUGACAUGCUACGAGUCCGCGCUGCGGUACUUCCCAAGGCAACCAAAGCUGCUGGGCAAGAUCGAAAAGUUGAAGGUAAAAAUUGCCGCAAAGAGCGCAAGCAUUGAUGCCAGCGAGCAGAGUCAGGAGCAACAGAAGCUCAAAGGCAGGGAGAAGGCCGCAAGGCGCCAUCCCGACGAAGAGAACGACGGCGAGGAUGCUGCUUACACCGAUGGCGACGCAGGCGCUGAAGCUGACGAGAGCUACGUCGACACCGCUCCUACUCGUUCGCAGCCCAACCCGAGAGCCAAGGCUUCAUCUCCUCACGAGCCCAGUCUCCUUGCCAACCUCCCAUCAGAUGACCCCCGCACACACCAGCUCCUCGACAUCGUGAACUCCCGCGACGUGAAUCUGAUCAAGGGCCUGCGUGGCUUCGGUACAAAGAAGGCCCAGAGCCUGGUCACGCGCCUGAACGGCAUCGACUACAGCGGCACGCGUGCCGACCAGUUCAGAGUCGACUCGCUGGUGCAACUGAGCGGGGUCUUCGGCAUGGGCGAGAAGGUCGUGGAGAAGGCCUGGGAGGGCCUUGCAGGUGUGGGCCAGGGUGUGUGCUGA